CUGGCAGGGCCUUUGUCUGGGGUCGCAUCACAGGGCCACAGCGCUUCCUUCCUGGGGCCCUUGCCUUCCCAGGUGGCCUGGGUGAGCCGUCCAGUGCCUUCAGGUGGUGGCCCACGGGGAACAGAAGCCCUGCUCAGCAUCACCUGGAGGGAGGUGACCCAGUUCCAGCUUCUCCCCCUGGUGUCCAUGUCGGUCCACGACCCGCACUCUGGAAGUCCAGGAGCUUUGGUGUGGGCACCAGGACGUGGGCAAGUAGGGCCGCCGGACAGGCGACACAGAGCUGCAAGAUGAACCCCCCCCCCCCAGGAGCUUUCAAACAGCCUGGGGGGGGGGGAAUUAAAGCAGAAGUUUAUUUUGCUGCCAAAUUUUUUAAACCCAUGAAUAUAUUUUUCUUAAAACACGUUUUCCAUGAUUUUUUAAAAAACUUACUUGUUUUCAUUUUGCCUGAAAAUGCAGGCAGACACAGACACACGUGAUUCGCACCCACUGGUUCACUCCCCCAGUGCCCACCGUGGCCAGGGCUGUGUCUCCCACACGGGUGCUGGGACCCAAGUACUUGGCCCACUGUCCGCUGCCUCCCAGGGCGCUGGGCUCGCUGUCACAUGGCAUGUGGGCCUCCUGGCCCCACCCCCACCCCCCACGAUUGUUGUUUAAAGUUUUGUUUUACUUAUUUAGAAGCCAGGGGCAGGGUCGGGGCAGGGGAGAGAGAGAUCGUCUGCUGAUUCACUCACCAAACAGCUGCAGCCGCCAGGACCGGGUUGGGCUGAAGCCAGGAGCCUGGAACCCCAUUCAGGUCUCCCGCGUGGGUGCAGGGCCCAGGCACUUGGGCCGUCUUCGCGGCUUUCCCAGGCCAUUAGCAGGGAGAAGGAUCAGAAGUGGAGCAGCCAGGGCUCCCACAGGUGCUCCGGUAUGGGAUGCCGGCGUGGCAGGAGGGUUUUAACCCAGUGUGCCGAACUCCAGGCCCCACGCCUGAUCCUUUGGAAGACUGCUCUCGGCACGUGGGUGCUGGCCUUGCAGGCUCUGCUCACCCUCCUCUCCCCGGCAGUCUGAGUGCCGUGGAGCCUGUCCCCAUGCCCACCUGGACGCUGGGCCCAGAGCUGUCUGUAAAGGUGAAGGUGUAGCCGGGCACGCGUGUCAGUGACCCCCGUGGGGCCGCUCCCGGGCGCAGGGAUGAGCCUUGUGUUCUGGGUGCCUGUGAAGGGCUCAUGGAGGCAGGCUCCUUGGAAGGUGGGGGCUUGGUUCCCCUGGAGGGCAGUCUGGAUACCGGAUUCGGUUCCCAUCACCGGGCCUGUUCCUAGCGGUGCAGGAGCUCAGGGCCCAGGAGUGAGCAGCUCCGGCCCUGGCCCUGGCCCUGACCCCGGCACCCAGACAGGCCAGGCAGGUGCUCAGGCACGAAAGGCCCUGGUUCAGGGGGUCCCACCCAGGAUGGUUCAUCUGGAGGUCCCCAGGGCCUCACGGCGCCCUGGCUCCCCGCCUCCAAGGACCACAGGUGAGAGCCUGGGCCUCCCUCGGGGCAGCUGCCCCAGGCCCUCCUGCUGCCCUUCAGUCUCCUGGGGGUCUGGUUCUGAGCAAGCACGGGAGGACAAGUCCCCUGGCUUCCCAGUGGGCGGUCAACCCAGGCCAGAGAGCAGCCUGGGCCAGCAGCGCAGGGCGCAGCUCAGGGGGCUGGCUGCGAGCAGGCCCGAGGCCCAGGGCUGCCCCGCGCCCCCGCCCCCUCGCCUUCAAUCCCUCCUUUGUCUUCCCACUGGCAGAGCCGCCAGAGCACAAUCUGCAGGCAAGUCUCCGUGCCCCUGGGGCUUGGCCGUGCGGCUGGGCUGCCGCCGCCUCCCUCGCGGGCGCUGCUGGGACACGCACAGGCAUCUGCGGAGCCCGCGCACCCAGCCCCAACCUCGACGCUGCCCCCGCACUGGGAGACACGCAGCGGGGGGGGGGAGGGCUUUCUGGAGGAGGGGCCCGCCAGGGCACUGUGACGGGAAGGCCCCAGAGCAGGGGGCGUCCAGGCCGCUGGGGUGGGCGGUGGGAGCAGAGCCUGUCCUAGGGGUCUGUGCCUCGGCCUGUGGCGAGGGCACUGCCCGUUAGCCGCGGUUUCCUUGUCAGGGCAGAGCGCCCUCCGGGGGUCGGGCCGCGUGGGGAGACCCGCACCUCGGCCCUCUCACGUCCUCCGGAGUUGGCAGAGGUCGGGAGGCGAUGUGUGCAGGUGCCUCUUCCAGGCAGUUGCGGUUAUAAACAGCGAACGCUGUUCACUCCAGCUCUGGGUCUGUGCGUUUGCAUCUGAAAUGUUUACCCACUGAGGCCUGGAGCCACAGAGCCCAGGCCCGAGAAGACACGCAUGGGGUUCGGUUGUUUUCUGUGUCAGAGGACGGCAGCCCUACGCAGCCGAUACCUCAGGGCGGCUGGGGGGCCUGGAAGCAGGCCCUGGAGUGGCACAGACGCCACGCCCUGUCGCCUUCGCCUCUGGGGGCUUCCGUAGACAGGCCCAGCAAUCACAGGCUACCGUGCGUCCAGAAA